CCUCCACUCUACACACAGAUCACGUGACCUCCACUUCCUGUACUAUUGUCUGUUUCUUGUUGGUUACAUUAAAGUUCAUUUUAAAAGGGUGGAGCUUGUGGAGGCCACGUGUUUCCUGGUGACGGUGGAGCUCCAGCUGCAGAGAUUUACAAUAAAGUUCAGUAUAAAAAAAAAAAAGAAGCGUAGUGGAGGUCACGUGCUUCCUGUCAUCGGUGGAGCUCCACUCUGCAGCCAUUUCGGCAAUUGUCAGAACCCGGAAGUGUCGGAGAGAGAAGAGGAGGAUGUACGGAUGGACUCCUUGCUGGCUCAGUACAAGUCUUGGCUGCUGGUUGCCUCCUCUCAGGGGGAUUCGGCUCCGGACACGGAUCUGGUGGAGACGGUGAGACGGAGAAUCCUGGAAGAUCCCGACCUGCACAACGCUCUCCACAAUGAUGCCUUCUCCUUGAUUGCUGGUGGCCUCCGGGACCAAUCAGAUCUCCUCUCCUCCCUGAACCGUAUGGCUGGUGCCUUCCAGGCCCUGGAGCAGGCCGCCCUCCAUCUUUAUUUUACUCCUUGGAGAAAAGAGUUUCAUACCAUAAAGACCUACUCCGGACAUUACAUUCACCUUCUGGAGCCGGCGUUCUCUCAGGAUGGAAUAUUCCUGUCUCUCGGUAAAUUGGGGUACGAAGCGCAGGAAGGCGGGGCUUGCCUGACUCUCCGUUCCCCGCCUCUAGCGCACGCGCUGUGUACGGCGGCCCUCGGCUUCCUUGCUGGUCAGUUGGAAUGUCGCAUUUUGGCCGACAUCGUCCUCAUCUCCGGACCUGAGCUGGUGAACGGAGCCGACCUCAUCCAGGAGAGGAAGACCUGGAGAGGAGAAGCUGCAUGUAUGGAGAGGCUGCAGAAACUCGUCCAGGAAGUUCCCAAAUCUCCUCCCAACAUGGAAGUGCAUAAAAGUUGUGACUUGAAUCAAGUUGGAGAAGAAUUGUAUCGACCCAAAUUCUGCGACCAUUGCCACGAGACCUGGGACCAGCAUGUGAAUGGGGGAUGUAGGGAAAGAACCGAGAGUCUUGUUCUCCUCGAGAGGAAAGGAGAACUCCUCCCCCAUGGAGAGGACGCCGGCUACGCGUUUCGGGCACAGGCUGAAUUCACCAUGCAUGACUGUGUGUACGCAGACGGUUCUUUGGCGCAAUGUUGUGCGGAGUGUCGCCUCCUCCACAGCUCUUCCUGUCCGUGGCUGGCGGUGUGUAAGAGCUCCAGCCAUCCGGUUACUCAGCUGACUCCUCUGAAGAAGCGGGAAGCCGUGAUGGAGGAAGAGGGUAAGAAAUACACGCUGCACUUCUGCUUACAGCCGGGGAAGUUACCCCAUUACCGCUGUUCCCAGUGCCGGGAGCUUCAUUACAUAAACUGCAAGCAGCUGGAACAGUGCCGAGGCAACCAGCACAGCGCCCAAAUGAUCAUGCUGGAGAAGGACCAGCGGCUGUGGUUACGCCGGAGCCUCAUGGACCUCAACCGGCUGUGUGUAGAGGGGGGCGGGGCAGUAUAAUGGUCCGCGCUUCUGCUAUCACCAGGGAACCAAUCAGAAUAGAGAAAUGGAGCCUCCUAUUGUCAACCUGUGUUUGUGUUUUGCUACCGAUAAACAUUCGUUAUAUUUCCAAGUCAGUGCCGUGUGAGGGGAUUGUCCGUUUUUUUUUAGAAGGAGAAGUCCAGCUUUGGCUGGAAUGCAAUUAAUUUUUCAUUCCUGUGACCUGUUUUCAGCAGAGAGCGGGCUGAAGUCUCUGCUGACGUCACUGGAAUCAGUCCAGGCAUCGGGUCACAUCCCGACAAUACAGUCUGGAUCCACCAGGUGUCUGCACUGACACCCGUCUCAGCCUCUCAGUGAGCCGUUCCCCGCCCCCCAUCCAGUG